UCAGACAGUGUUUGUGCCAAUUCCAGCGCAAACAUCCAGGUAUACAACAAUGUCACCUAGAUUGCAACACGACCUGCAGCAGAGAUUACAGAGACUCACCAAGGUUUGAGAGGUGUGUUCAUCUUAUCUGUGAGAGGUCAAACCUUUUUAGAGAUGUGACGGCUUCCGCUGGCCUCAACGGACCCUCCUUCACCUUUUCCACUCCACCUGUGUGGAGGCGACAUUUGUCAAUCUGAAGGCGGCACAUGGAGAGCAUGGAUGUGCUGAAUGUACCUGGGCCUGUGGAGGAUCAAAAUGAGAGCAAUAAAAGCAAAGAGAAUAAAGGGAGUCCUGCACACUCCACCCUGGCUCUGAUAGAUGGGGAGCCAGAAGAAGCAGACCCAUGGGACCUUCCUGAGCUGCAGGACACGGGGGUGCCAUGGUCAGCGUUGGACACCCAAGGGAAGGUGCUGAGGGUGGUGGUGUCAGUGGUGAAACUAGUCGUGCUGCUGGGCCUCCUCUACAUGUUCAUCUGCUCCUUGGACAUCCUCAGCUCGGCCUUCCAGCUUGUUGGAGGUAAAGCAGCAGGUGAUAUCUUCCAGGACAAUUCUGUCUUGUCCAACCCUCUGGCUGGUCUGGUCAUUGGUGUCCUUGUUACUUUGCUGGUUCAAAGCUCAUCCACAUCGUCCUCCAUUGUUGUCAGCAUGGUCUCAUCUGGAUUGCUAACAGUCCAGCUGGCCGUUCCAAUCAUCAUGGGCACCAACAUCGGCACCUCGGUCACCAACACACUUGUGGCCAUGACGCAGGCUGGCGACCGCAGCGUCUUUCGCAGGGCAUUUGCAGGGGCCACAGUGCACGACUUUUUCAACUGGCUCUCUGUGCUGGUGCUGCUGCCUCUAGAGGUCGCCACCGGGUACUUGUACGUGGUCACCAAGCUCAUCAUUGACUCCUUCCAAAUCCAGAGCGGGGAUCCUCCCGACCUGUUGAAUGUCAUCACGGAUGUCCUGACAGACUCCAUCAUACAGCUGGACAAGUCUGUCUUAAGUGAAAUCGCCACAGGAGACCCAGCAGCCCGGAACAGGAGUCUCAUCAAGAAAUGGUGCCAAACCUACACCAACACGAGCACCGUGAAUGUGACAGUCCCUGGUCCGGAGAACUGCACCUCUCCUUCGGCGUGUUGGUUUGAUGGCAACUACACCUUCACGCUGAAGAACAUCUCACAGACGUACAACGUCAGGAAAUGUGAGCACUUGUUCGUAGACGUGAACCUGUCUGACCUUGUGGUGGGUCUGAUCCUCCUGGCGCUUUCUCUGCUGGUGCUGUGCUCCUGUCUGCUGCUCAUUGUCAAGCUGCUCAACUCCAUGCUGAAGGGUCAAGUGGCUUCGGUCAUCAAGAAAAUACUCAACACAGAUUUCCCAUUCCCGUUUGGGUGGGUCACAGGUUACAUUGCCAUCUUAGUCGGAGCUGGAAUGACGUUCAUCGUGCAGAGCAGCUCGGUUUUUACCUCCGCUAUCACUCCGCUUGUUGGCAUUGGUGUGAUCAGCAUACAGAGAGCCUAUCCGUUGUCUCUGGGCUCCAACAUUGGCACCACCACCACAGCCAUCCUGGCAGCCAUGGCCAGUCCAGGAGAUACACUGGGUAACGCUCUGCAGAUUGCACUCGUGCACUUCCUGUUCAACAUCUCUGGCAUCAUUUUGUGGUAUCCAAUCCCAUUCACCCGACUCCCCAUCCGAUUGGCCAAAGGCUUGGGCAACAUCACGGCCUCUUACCGCUGGUUCGCCGGUGUAUACAUCAUUUUCUGCUUCUUCCUCCUGCCGCUCCUCGUCUUCAGCCUGUCACUUGCAGGGUGGCAGGUCUUGGUGGGUGUGGCCUGCCCACUGUUGGCCCUGCUCGUAGCCAUCAUAGCGGUCAACGUGCUGCAAAAAAGGAAGCCUGGGUGUCUGCCUGCGAGGUUGAGGUCGUGGGACUUCCUCCCGCUUUGGGCUCACUCUCUGGAACCUUGGGACAAAGUGGUGGGUGCGAUCACUGCCAAAUGCUGCUGCUGCUGCAAAUGCUGCCACAUCGACGACGACAAACAGCGAGACCACAAGCAGAUAGAAGUGUAUGAUAACCCUGCGAUGUGUGAAGAGAAAGCGGCGGAAAACGACAUAAACAUUCUGAAAAUGACCAAACUUUGAGUUGUGUUGAAUGCAAAGAGGCACUUUAUUGCACAGUAUUUAUGUCUUCUCUAGAUUACUUAAAGUCACGGCUGGAUAAUGGAGUAACUGUGAGAUUAUCAAGAGUUUAUGACAAUAAUCUGCAUUUUUCAUGCUGUCAACUAAUCACUGAGACAAAAAGCAUCUACUACAGUCUAAAUUAUAAACCAUAUCUAUGUGCAGCCUUCAUUCUUUCAUUUCCAAAAAGAAAUCCCAGUGCUUCUUCAUUGUCAUCAGCCUUCACCUUUUGGAUCUUAUAGAUUUUGUUCACUGUAAAAAAAAAUACAAUAAAACAUCAUUUUAAGGUGUACAAAUGAUUUUGUAAUUGUAAAAAAAGUGAUUAUAUUCAAAGAAUAUAUUGUUUUUCAUGAUAUGAA